AGGGCUGUGACCGAGUCGCGGCGCCCUGGCCGGGCAGGGAUCCGGGGCGCCCCUGCGGCUGGGGCGGCCCCCGGGCCUCCAGCACGGGGCCCAGGGCAGGGCGGCCGGCGGGCGGGGCGGGGCGGUGCCUCCCGCUGCCCGUCCUGCCUCCACCCCUCCCGGGCGCCGAGUCCCUUCCGAGUCCGAAUCCGCGCCGCCUUUUCCCGCGGCCCGCACGGGGCCCAGCUGACGGGCCGCGUUGUUUACGGGCCGAGCAGCGCCUGCUCCCGCCGCCCGCCCGCCGCCCGCGCGUCUGUGUGUCCGCGCGUCCGUUUGUCCGGGCGGCCCCAUAUCGGGGCCCAGAGCCAGGAGGCCGGGGCUGCAGCGCGGCGCCCCGAGCCCGGAGAUCGCGGGACGGGGCCCGGGCAAGGUGGUCCGCCCUCGGAGUCGCGCCGCCGGCUCGUCUCGGCCGAGGCCGCGCGCCGCCCCCCCGCCCCGGGGCUGUGCCCCGGGCCCUGCCGGGCGCCGAAGGGGAGGACGCGCGGCCCCCGGGGCCCCUCGGGCGGCAGCCCCGGAGCAUGUCCCCUGCUCGCCCGCGCCGCGUGCUCUGAUCGGCCGGGGCCCCGCGCUCCCGCAGCCAUGGGCGCCGGGGGCGUGCGGGGGGCGGUGGCCGCGCCGCUGCUGGUGGCCGUGGCCGUGCUGCUGGUGGGCGCCGCGGGCCACCUGUACCCCGGAGAGGUGUGUCCCGGCAUGGAUAUCCGGAACAACCUCACGAGGCUGCAUGAACUGGCCAACUGCUCGGUCAUCGAAGGGCAUCUCCAGAUACUGUUGAUGUUCAAAACGAGGCCUGAGGAUUUCCGAGACCUCAGUUUCCCCAAACUCAUCAUGAUCACCGAUUACCUGCUACUCUUCCGAGUCUAUGGGCUGGAGAGCUUGAAGGACCUGUUCCCUAACCUCACCGUCAUCCGGGGCUCGCGCCUCUUCUUCAACUACGCGUUGGUCAUCUUCGAGAUGGUUCACCUGAAGGAGCUUGGCCUCUACAACUUGAUGAACAUCACCCGGGGCUCCGUCCGCAUCGAGAAGAAUAAUGAGCUCUGCUACCUGGCUACCAUUGACUGGUCACGCAUCCUGGAUUCCGUGGAGGAUAAUUACAUCGUGCUGAACAAAGACGACAAUGAGGAGUGUGGGGACAUUUGCCCCGGCACCGCAAAGGGCAAGACCAACUGCCCUGCCACUGUCAUCAAUGGGCAAUUUGUCGAACGGUGUUGGACACACAGCCAUUGCCAGAAAGUUUGCCCGACUGUAUGCAAGUCACACGGCUGCACCGCCGAAGGCCUCUGCUGCCACAGCGAGUGUCUGGGCAACUGCUCCGAGCCCAAUGACCCCACCAGGUGCGUGGCCUGCCGUAACUUCUACCUGGAGGGCAGGUGCGUGGAGACCUGCCCACCCCCGUACUACCACUUCCAAGACUGGCGCUGCGUGAACUUCAGCUUCUGCCAGGACCUGCAUAACAAAUGCAAGAACUCCCGGGUGCCAGGUUGCCACCAGUACGUCAUCCACAAUGACAGGUGCAUCCCGGAGUGUCCCUCUGGAUACACGAUGAAUUCCAGCAACUUGAUGUGCACUCCAUGCCUGGGCCCCUGUCCCAAAGUCUGCCACCCCCUGGAAGGCGAGAAGACCAUUGACUCGGUGACAUCCGCCCAGGAGCUCCGAGGCUGUACCGUCGUCAACGGGAGCCUAAUCAUUAACAUUCGAGGGGGCAAUAACCUGGCAGCUGAGCUGGAGGCCAACCUCGGACUCAUUGAAGAAAUUUCAGGGUAUCUGAAAAUCCGCCGAUCCUAUGCCUUGGUGUCGCUUUCCUUCUUCCGGAAGUUAAGUCUGAUUCGAGGAGAGACCUUGGAAAUUGGGAAUUACUCUUUCUAUGCCUUGGACAACCAGAACUUAAGACAACUAUGGGACUGGAGCAAACACAACCUCACAAUCACUCAGGGGAAGCUCUUCUUCCACUAUAACCCCAAACUCUGCUUGUCAGAAAUUCACAAGAUGGAGGAAGUUUCAGGAACCAAAGGACGCCAGGAGAGGAACGACAUCGCCCUGAAGACCAAUGGGGACCAGGCGUCCUGUGAAAAUGAAUUACUUAAAUUUUCUUCCAUCCGAACAUCUUCUGACAAGAUCUUGCUGAAAUGGGAGCCGUAUUGGCCCCCCGACUUCCGAGACCUCCUCGGAUUCAUGCUUUUCUACAAAGAGGCUCCUUAUCAGAACGUGACGGAGUUUGACGGGCAGGAUGCAUGUGGCUCCAACAGCUGGACGGUGGUGGACAUUGACCCGCCUCAGAGGUCCAAUGACCCCAAGUCUCAGAACCACCCUGGGUGGCUGAUGAGGGGUCUCAAGCCGUGGACGCAGUACGCCAUCUUUGUGAAGACCUUGGUCACCUUCUCCGACGAACGCCGUACCUACGGGGCCAAGAGCGACAUCAUCUAUGUCCAGACAGAUGCUACCAAUCCUUCUGUUCCCCUGGAUCCAAUUUCGGUUUCAAAUUCCUCGUCCCAGAUUAUUCUCAAGUGGAAGCCUCCCUCGGAUCCCAAUGGCAACAUCACACACUACCUGGUUUUCUGGGAGAGGCAGGCAGAAGACAGUGAGCUGUAUGAGCUGGAUUAUUGCCUCAAAGGGUUGAAGCUGCCCUCCCGGACGUGGUCCCCACCAUUUGAGUCUGAGGGGUCCCAGAAGCACAAUCAGAGUGAGUAUGAAGAGGCUGCCGGGGAAUGUUGCUCCUGCCCGAAGACGGACUCUCAGAUCCUCAAGGAGCUGGAGGAAUCCUCGUUCAGGAAGACCUUUGAGGAUUACCUGCACAAUGUGGUUUUCGUCCCCAGAAAAUCCUCUUCAGGCCCUGGUGCCGAGGACACUAGGCCGUCGCGGAAACGCAGGGCCCUUGGAGAUGUUGGGAAUGUGACAACAGUCGUGCCCACGGCCCCGGAGGAGCACAGGCCAUUUGAGAAAGUGGUGAACAAGGAGUCGCUGGUCAUCUCUGGGCUGCACCAUUUCACAGGCUACCGCAUCGAGCUGCAGGCUUGCAACCAGGACUCCCCUGAGGAGAGGUGCAGCGUGGCCGCCUACGUGAGCGCCAGGACCAUGCCUGAAGCCAAGGCAGAUGACAUUGUUGGCCCCGUGACCCACGAAAUUUUUGAGAACAACGUGGUUCACUUGAUGUGGCAGGAGCCGAAGGAGCCCAAUGGUCUGAUCGUGCUGUAUGAAGUGAGUUACCGACGAUACGGCGAUGAGGAGCUGCACCUCUGCGUGUCCCGGAGGCAUUUUGCUCUGGAGCGGGGCUGCAGGCUGCGAGGGCUGCCCCCAGGGAAUUACAGCGUGCGCAUCCGGGCCACCUCACUGGCGGGCAACGGCUCCUGGACAGAAGCCACUUAUUUCUAUGUGACCGACUAUUAUGUCCCAUCCAACAUUGCAAAAAUCAUCAUCGGUCCUCUCAUCUUUGUCUUUCUCUUCAGUGUUGUGAUCGGAAGCAUUUAUCUGUUCCUGAGGAAGAGGCAGCCAGACGGGCCACUGGGACCGCUGUAUGCAUCCUCGAACCCCGAGUACCUCAGUGCCAGUGAUGUGUUUCCGUGCUCUGUGUACGUGCCGGACGAGUGGGAGGUGCCCCGGGAGAAGAUCACCCUCCUCCGGGAGCUGGGGCAGGGCUCCUUCGGCAUGGUGUAUGAGGGCAACGCCCGGGACAUCGUCAAGGGCGAGGCGGAGACCCGUGUGGCCGUCAAGACUGUCAACGAGUCCGCCAGCCUGCGGGAGAGGAUCGAGUUUCUCAACGAGGCCUCGGUCAUGAAGGGCUUCACCUGCCACCACGUGGUCCGCCUCCUGGGGGUGGUGUCCAAGGGCCAGCCGACACUGGUGGUGAUGGAGCUGAUGGCUCACGGGGAUCUGAAGAGUUAUCUCCGUUCCCUGCGGCCGGAGGCUGAGAAUAACCCUGGCCGCCCCCCUCCUACCCUGCAAGAGAUGAUUCAGAUGGCGGCGGAGAUUGCCGACGGCAUGGCCUACCUGAACGCCAAGAAGUUUGUGCACCGGGACCUCGCCGCUCGGAACUGCAUGGUUGCCCACGAUUUCACCGUCAAAAUUGGAGACUUUGGAAUGACCAGGGACAUCUACGAAACGGAUUACUACCGGAAAGGGGGCAAGGGUCUGCUCCCCGUGCGGUGGAUGGCCCCGGAGUCCCUGAAGGAUGGGGUCUUUACCACUUCUUCUGACAUGUGGUCCUUCGGCGUGGUCCUUUGGGAAAUCACCAGCUUGGCAGAACAGCCUUACCAAGGCUUGUCUAAUGAACAGGUGUUGAAAUUUGUCAUGGAUGGAGGGUAUCUGGAUCAACCUGACAAUUGUCCAGAGAGAGUCACCGACCUGAUGCACAUGUGCUGGCAGUUCAAUCCCAAGAUGCGACCGACCUUCCUGGAGAUCGUGGACCUGCUCAAGGACGACCUGCACCCUAGUUUUCCAGAAGUUUCCUUCUUCCAUAGCGAGGAGAACAAGGCGCCCGAGAGCGAGGAGCUGGAGCUGGAGUUUGAGGACAUGGAGAGCGUCCCCCUGGAUCGGGCCUCACACUCGCAGAGGGAGGAGGCCGGGGGCCGGGACGGAGGGGCCUCCCUGGGUCUCAAGAGGAACUAUGAGGAGCACAUCCCCUACACCCACAUGAACGGGGGUAAGAAAAAUGGCCGGAUUCUGACUCUGCCGCGGUCCAGCCCUUCCUAACAGCCCCUGCCUCGGGGCGGGGUUCCAUGGUCCUGUUCGUCGGGUUGAAAGGUCUCCAGCAAACUCAGGAUCUUCCCGCGCAUCUGCCACCGUGUCAAACAGCCGAGGAGAGCGUGUCUGUCUACGUCUGUUCUGCUUACGACUUGCAGCACGUCUGUGGGAAUUGCCAGCGCGACGCGUCCGCAGAGAGCCGAGCUGUGAUCCCAGAGGGGAAGGAGUUCCUGGGCGGCUCUCCUUUCCGACGACUGCAGUUUCAAUCCAGGAUGUUAUUAUUAUUAUUUUUUUCCCUAGGAGAUGGGAAAAAAAAAAAAAACACCUGUUUUUACAAAGUUUUUUUUUUUUUGCUGGUGUCUGAGCUACAGCAUAAAGCAUAAAACUUGUUUGUGGAACAGAAGUUUGAAAGAAAACAAACUCCUGUUGCAGUAGAAUUCCAAGCUUUACGGAGUGGGCUUUGGGGAAGGUUUUUCUCAUCCAGGUGGAAGGAUUUUUUUUUGUUUUGGUUUGGUUUGGUUCUUCUUCUUCUUCUUCACAAAAUCAGUUCCUCAAAUUGACCAAUAGCUGCUGCUUUUGUACUUUUGAUAAGGAUCUGCAGUCCCGGUGUGUGGCUCACGUGUGUACGCGUGCGUGCGUCCAGGUUAGACACGGCCAGGGUGUGUGUGUGUGUGUGCGCGCGCGUGUGUGCGCAAGGCAUUCAUGCUGAGUUCACGCAUUGGGGAUCGGCCCGUUGGAGGGUCUGCGCCCCAGGGGCCUGGGAGCCCCUGAGCUGCGCCGCCUCCUUCCUUCUUUACCGGGAAGGCUGUGCCCUUGACAGAGUCUCAUGCCCCGUAGAAUCUCAGGAGUCUUCUCUCCCUUAACUUUGGUGAAAAAGUAUUUUCCAGGAACCGAGGGGGCAGUUUGGAGUGAGAGUGCAUCUCUCCAGACCAAACAAAGCCAAGACGUAAAAAAGAAAGAAAAAGGAAAAAGAAAAAAAAAAUCUAAAAUGAUAAAGAUGUUUGAGAAUAUAUUUGUGACAUACUUAAUUUAAAAAAAAAUCUGCAGCACCAGCCUCGUAAGUUAUUGACCAUUUCCGGGGGUUGGGGGGAGGGCUCGUGGGGAGGGUCUGCCUGUGUGGGGAGGUGGCCGGGGAGGCACCGGGGGCCGAUUUGCUUGGUCUUAAAGGCAUCCAUUUUUCUGGGAAUAAAGCCACGUGAGCUGCUAACCCUUCUGGACACGGUGAGGCCACGCUGAGGGUGUGGGCAGUUCGGCUCGACGGAUGGGUUGGUUUCUGCUCAAGUGAGCUGGCAGCCAACCCCCGCAGCUGUGUCCUGCCUGUGACCACACUUGUGGCCCUUGGAUCUUCUGGUUCUCUGUGUGUACCUCACGAGCUUCCUCAACUGGGUGUGCACGUCCUGCAGUUAACUGUGCAAACACAGCAAAAACCAGAUGCCGCAGUGCGACUGCACAGAUGGACUUUGAGAACACUAAGCAAUAUGAAGAGAGAUGCAUCUGUUGGCACCUCUGCCCUCAGGGCAUCCGACUGUCCUCAGAAUUGACCUCCCAGAAGCUGCUCUGUGCCCGGUGGCCUCAGCUGGGCCAGGUGCGGGGCCCAGGUGGGACUCUCAGGUGCUCACGAUGUUGCAGUACCUACGAAAGUACAGUGUGCAGGAGGAACUGCUAAGGGUCUUCACGCUCCUUAGGACUUCUGAACAGGGGUGAAUCCAGGUUUCUUCUCUUUGGGGAACGAACCCCAGCUGCUCAAAUAAAGAACAUGGUGAACUCAUUAUUUUGGUUCAUCAACAUGCUCAACCACGGGUUAUCCCUGAGUGCAUCCUCUCACGAGUUUUUGACGGCUUCCUUUCCUUCUCUUAAGAGUUGCUGGCUUAAGAAUGGGAUAGAGACACAAUGGCGACCUCCGAACCUUCUCAAUUCUAGAUUAAGAACACAGGUAGACACAAAUCCCAAUUGCCUAUUGCGAUCUUGCUUAUGUGAUUUGAGAGAUUACGGCAUGUGAACUAUUUCUGGGGAGCUUCAGUGAUUGGGCACAAGGAGUGAGCACAGAAAUUAUUUUCGCCAAAUUUAUUUUGUACAUAUAAGAGGGUCUGUAUGUCAAGUCAAGAAAAAACACGUAGAUCUAGGUAUUUUGUUCUUUUUCAUAGGAAAUUUGUAGUGGCUGUAUAUGACACUAGCAGGAACUUUCACAUUUUUCUAAUUUAGAAAGGUUUUUCUUAUAUUAGGGGAAAAUUAUUUAUUUUAAUAUAUAAAAAAUCACUGUAAAAAUCACUUUCGUAAAAAAUGGAGUGCGUGUAAAUUUUUAUCAAAAAAUAAAUAAACAGGUGAAUGUGGGGCAAUGAUUUUUUUUUUUCCAGCACAGACUACCUCAGGGUACCGUUAGAAUGUGGUUCGAUAACGGACACCUUGGAGACUUCAGAAUUCUGCCUGGAUCCAGUUUGAAUUGGGAAAUCCAGAUCGGCCGAUUCCGAAUGCCAGGGACCAGUAAGAAUUUUGAGGAAGGGCACUGGGAUCAAGGAUGGCCUUCAUAGGAGCAUAGAUCCUUUUUCUGGCUGAUAAUUUUUUUUUCUGAAUUUAAUCUUAAACAAAUAACAUCCUCUGUCCAUUGACAGCGUGCUCCCUAAACGUGAUCCGAGUUUCAGGGCGUCUGCUGUGUGGGGUGUUCAGGCCUGAACUAUCCCCCCUGGGUGAGGAGGGGGCACUCAUCACCUGCGCUUAUCUGCAAAGCCAGAAUCCCCAGUGUCCACUGCAUUCCCCCAAAGUGAGCACUAAGAUGCCCUGAAUUCUUCCUGCUUUAUUUCCACUCCUUUCAGGCUCAGAUGCUUUUCUGGUGGUAGAACAAGUCACACUCACAGGCAUCUUACACAAAAACACCCGAUGUAGUGUCUCCCAGUGGGAAGGGGUCACGUUGAAAAAAACCUCAAUCUCAAAUCCACUGGUGUGCUGAGUGUAUUUUUUAGCAACAAAGCCUUGGACUACUGUAUUGUGGUUUGGUUGAUUUAAAGCUGGUGCUGUUUGACUUGAUGGGGCUUUGAGAAGCCAUGUGCGAGUGGGCAGGGCUGUUGCCAUACCCACAGGACCUCACUGCCCUGGCCAUACUUUCAGGCAUGCCUCCGUAGACGCACCUUUGUCCGCUUGCCCUGGAGAGGUACGGUGGAGUGCUGCACCCACCCUGCAUAUUCGGGAUUUCAUGAACAUCAUUUUGCUGUCUCUGCUGCUACGGUAAUGAGAGUGAGGAGCCGUUGGGUCACAAGCCUCCUGUGGCAUCCAACAGUGUUGAUUCUAUAACAAUAGAACUUCAGCCCUGGAAAAUCAUGAUUGCCCUGGGGGGUUGCAGUGAUGGGUUCCCCCAGAAUGCAACAAAGCCAGCUCAGGUUGACGCUUUCUUGUCUGCUUUUAAACCUGUCUCACUAUUAUCAAAACCCUUCUCAUGAAUGUGGCAAAAUGCAUGGUCCUAGUCUCUUCUUCCGGGAGAAGAAUACCAAACAUGUUACUGUCUCCCUGGACGGGUGAUGUCCAACACACGUCUGGAAAUGUUCAUAUUCUGGGACCUGUCCGGGAUGUUUCCCAAAAUUUCAAGUUAGUAGGAAGAGAGAAAUGCUGCUGGUUCUCUUGGAUAGAACUGAGCGCAACUGAGGGAAAAUGAAAUGAUUUAAUGAUGUGCACAUACAAUCUUGUGAUCAUCAGAGAUUGCUGCCAACCGAUGGGCAGAUCUUCCACUGUCUUCCACCAGAGCCGACAGUCCGCCACAAAAUGUGUUUGUUGGGUCGGGAAGUAUUUCUCUGUAGCUGCUAUAACAUAGGUCAAUGGGCAGGAACCCCAUUAGAGCAUGGCCCGUGCUAGGCUGUUCAGGUCAGUGAUUGGAUGUGCUGUCAUCCCAACAAUAGUCAUUUUUCUACUUUGUGGUGAGUAGAAGUUAAGGGUUGAAUGUCUUUUGGAUGCCACUUGGCAAGUCCUUGACACCUCAGGCUAUUCAGAAAUUCUGUUGCUGGCGGGGAAUGGGGAAAUGCUGAUGCGUGUAGAAUGGAGUCCCUUCAGAAAGGCUUGCAGACCAUUCUUCAGAAUAUGGAUUUACACCAGAGGUGACGUUGGGAAUGGAAAGAACAGAGCAGCGUUUGUUCUUUCAAAUGCAUGGAAGAAUGCAGUUGACAUACAGGGGUUACAACUGAAGGUGAAUAUUUCCUGAGGGGUCCCCCAGAAACAGGAAAAAUGACUUUCUGAGUUCAUUGUCACCUUGGCAAUUGAUCAAGGUCCAGAACCAGCCAUCAGCCAAUUUUAGGGCCACCAGCCCCCAGAAGUCCUGUUAGAAGCCAGAUGGUAGAUCUGGGGUUCAUGGUCCUAUCUGAGAAGGAAGGAACAGCCCCCAAAGGAGUGUGCAUCCAUGCACAUGUUCAGAAAUGGCCUGCUUAGUCUUUCUACUUUGUGUGCCUCGGGGGGAGUCCUGGUCUUGCCUGUCAGCAGCAGAUAACCUCCCAUCCUCCAUCAGCCGCACAGGAUCAAAUGACUCUCCGUGUGUGCAGAAAACAACUUGGAAAUGCAAAAGCCACCAAAAGCUUGAUGAUUUUUUCAAUGUUUUCCUACCAGAGUCAAGUAGCACCAUGUACAGAAUAUGCCUUUUUUUUGGAGGGGGGAGGAAUAUCAAAACUGCUCUGCAUGUAAAAUAUGGGAUAAUUAACUGUUUAUAUGAAAAAUUCUGAAUAAAUUAUCUGAGAAUA